CAAAGGCAUAAAUAAAUUAUUUAUUAACCAUCAAUAAAGUCACUGAUGCUAACUUUGUAAACCCUGUAUGACUCCAUCUUAUUUGAAAAUACAUUUUAUGCAUUAUUUACAACGCAAUCCUCCAUGUACAGUAUAUUAUAAGAUGUAUGGUGAUCAAAUGUUGUUUGAUUUUGGCAGUGUUUCAGAUACCUGAGAUUGCAGGUCAUCAGGUUACCGGCAUGAAAAUUUAAGUAGCACGAAACCCCACCAUACAAUUGGGAGACUGUAAAAAUCAAUAUUUACAUCAAGAAAAUCAAUUCAAAAAGAGGGCAAGACGUUAGCAGAGGAUACAUAAACCUUCUAGUUGUAGUUGGCUAAAAUUACAGUACAGCAAGUUCAUCAAUACAAAUAACAUUUGUAAUAAUAAUAUUACAGUAUUCUUAUUUAUAUUUCUUUUCUAGCCUUGUUGUCCAGUUGUGUCUGUAAAUUGCUGGAAUAUGAGUUCCAAAUAUGUUAAGAAAAUAACAAAUGCAUGAAUCUUCUCUUGAGACUGUAGGCCAGUACUCCACAUAAAAAUGGAUGAUGACAAGUUGAACAUCUGCAAGGAGGAAGGUGACAAGGAGACAAGUUAGGAGUUUUAGGGACAUCUGUUUGGCUCUCCUUCCUUCCCCAGCCUCUCUUGGAGCAGGAUCUCUCCUUCUUCCUUGUUUCUGGCAUCUUUAUCCGAGAAAGACAGAUGGAUUUGCUUCUCCCUGGAUACACACUCAAUCACUCACACACACACACGCACACACACUCUAAUGCCCAUGCAUGCAUGUACUGUAUAUACACACAUAUAUAAAAUGAUACACAACCAAAGGCACAAAUAACCGACAGAGUGAAGGCAUAGUGACUUUGACAAACAAACAGACUCCAGCGGGCACACACUCAUACACUCAGCGCUUGGGAGACGGACAGCUGCACAAACACGCCCGGCCCUCAUUCUUGGGAUCUGAGUGGUGCUCCAACCACAACAGCAAAUAUUUCCCCUGCUGUCAUCUUCUCUAUUUUCUCUCCCUUAUUCAUCGGAAGCGUGCCCAGGAAGUGGCAAGAGAGGUUCAGCAGCUUCGUGGUAUGGCCUGGAACCACCGCGUCCCUCUUUUUCCCCAUUUCCCUCGUCUUCCUCCAGGAGCCAGAUGCUGAUUGGGGGGAAAAGUGGUGGCGAGGUGGGACCCUACCUGUCCCCUGGGGAAGAUGAAAUGUAAAUUUUGCGACGUGGGCUCAUUUGCUGCAGUCUGGAGCUGUCUGAUAGGACCUGACUGGAGGCUUAUUUGAUUAGCUUAAUUCCAUCCUCGUGUGGACCACCGCAGCAAUAUUCCUGGAACAUUUGUUAGAGCAUUAGGCCCACAGUUAAUGAACAAUUUGUUCCGUUGAGCAACGAACCACACGAGCCAUCGUGAGCCGUCCUUAAACUCCAUGAAAAGGUUUUCAUAGUUGUGAAACCUGCCCAAGAAAUUAGAUUGGAGAACUUGUGACUGUAAAAACUGCAGUCAUAAUGAUUUUUAUGUGUUCAGAUGAUGUAAACAACUUUGUUAAUUUCUCUGUGCUUGGAUGAUGCCUUAAUUUGAUUGCUUGCACUGGUUUUGUACUAUCCCAUUAUCCCAGGGCCUUACUCUGAAUGUUGUCAACUUGUAAAUGCAUUACAUGUUGUCCAGUACUGUGCAUAAUAAUAGAAUUUCAGGGUAUUUUAUUUGAAAGUAUAUGGUGUAUAUAAAGAGCAUUAUUAGAAGGGUCAUGCCUCAAAGCGUCUUCGCAUGAGAUAUUACUGGUGACAAAGACACACUCACCUUACUGUACAUGGUGCAUCUUUCACACCCUCUCCAUAUGUUACAUUUUAGCAUACAUCUCCAUGUGAGAAACAGUAUGAGUCAUAAUAUUAUUAGCAGCAAGAGCAGUCAAACAGUACAUGUCACAGUCCAAGACAGAUUAUAGUGAUUAAAUAUUAGAGGAAUGAAGGAGGAAAAGUCAUUUUGACAAAACAUUUAAUUUUCUGUUGAGUUUUAAACCUUGUUUUAUUUUAUCUCAAAUAGCAAGCAGAGUUCAUUUUGUGACAAGAAGACAACCGUAAAUGUAAAUGUGGUGUCAAAAAAUAGCACUGAUGUUAGAACUGCAAAGAACAAUUUUUAUACGUUUAAAGCAAUUGUAAAUGUUGACACUUUUUGGAGGUCACCCUACAGCGGAUUAUUUUGGCAAAUUUUCAGCAGGAUAUUUGCGUUGGGUUUAGGAUACAUAAAAAACCAAGCCUUGUUGUGAACUUAUAUUCACAUACUCUCUUAAAUAGAUAAUGGUUUGUUAAAAUAUGGUUGUUGUUGUUUUUUAAAAUCAAGACGAUACAUUGUUAAACCCCUGUUAAAGCAAAAAUCCCUAUUUUUUAUAUCACUAUAUAUUUGUGUUGCCCCUUGUCCCACUGAUGAUACCAAUGCUGUUAAAACUCAUCAUGUCAAUAUAACAUAACAAUAUAUUUAAAUUCCUGAUUAAUGGGCGUUUCACUGUAUAGCAACCUCGAGCUGAAACCAAAAUGUGUAAGAAUAUGUGAAGAAUAAGAUUGUAGCUAGUAGAAAGCUAACAUUGUGUGUCAUCAGAAACUGUUAUAUAACGGGUGGGAUUUAUUUCACAGAACAAAACAUAAAACUCAGGCUAACAGGUGUGUUCACUACAGACCUUGCUUUGUGCAUAAAUAAAAAUGCACAAAAGUAUCUGAACGGCUAAAAUACUAACACUCUUAUUACAGUAAUUCAAUAGGACAUUUUGUGUUUAAAGUUUAAAGUUGUGUUGUCUUGAUUCUGCUUUGUUCGGCCUUGGAAAAAAAAAAGGGGUUGGGGAGCUGUACAAGGAGAAGAAAACCAAUGAUAUGAUAAUGAUUAUAUAUAUUGCAUGAAUUAUUUGAGUGGGAGGUUACAUUAAUAGUAAAAUCUGUGGCUAGCUGAUCAGAUAAUGAAUGAAAUAUGAUCCAGAAAGUCCAGGUUGAAUAAUACAUCUAUGAAUUUGAAUGAUUUUGAGAAGCCAAAAUACUAUAAGGAACUAUGGAAAGUUAGACUAUCAUUUGUUAUACUCUCUCUCAGUGAUUUUAGGAUAAGGCAUUGAAUUGGCUCAUUCACGGUAUAAAGUAAUCUCUUCAGCAAUGUGUCAUCGCUGUGCAUUAAACUUUUUUGCCAGCGUCCUCUACAAUCAUUGCUUACCAUGCGUAAUAAUGGAAGCUUGCUAAACUGUGUAAAGUGUAAACUGUUGUGGGAGAGAUCUGUUUGAGACAGCCAACAGUUCACUGAAUGUGAGCCAGUCAAAGCAAACUUUAAAUGGAAAUAUCAGUUCUCAGUGUGUCAGUCGACAAUAUUUGCCUUGAGAUUUGCUGCACCAAAACCAUGCCAAAACUUAAAGGACCAGUGUGUAAGAUUUAGUGGCAUCUAGCUGUGAAAUUGCAGAUUGCAACUAACUGAACACCGCUCAUGUCUGUAUUUGAUGCCAUGGGAAUGUGAUGUGGGAAGUACCGCGGAGGUGUCUCCCCACAAUAUUCAUGUGUUUAAAUUAGGGCUGUCAAAAUAACACGUUAAUUUCGAUUAAUCAAUUUGAAAAAAAAUAACGGAUACAAAAAAAUAACGCAGAUUAAUCGAUUCCGUAUUGACCUUUGACCCGGAGUCGUUCUAGUCAGUCACCACCAUUAGACUGUAAAAUGAAGGAGGGAGACGAGAACGCGCUGCCUGGAUCAUUGAUUGGAACAUUUACUUAUAAAAAACGGCCUGAUGGAAGUGUUGAUAAAAAUAAAGUCCUCUGCAAUGUCUGCAGCAAGGAAUUUGCAUAUUGUCAACUCUAAAGUACCACAUCAAUGCAAAGCAUCCAGGAGUUAAUCCGGAGGUAGGCCUACGACCUAGCAUGUCCCAUGAUACCAACUCUAGCAGUCAACCUCAUCUUCAAACCACACUGGAGCAAACACUGAAACGUAAACUUAGCAAAUCUGUAUGUGACCGAUUGAGCAAUUCCCUGGCUAAAUGGAUCGCAAUGUCCUGCAGACCAGUUUCGGUGAUAGAAGACAGGGGGUUAGCAGAGGUUUUGCAAAUAGCCUGUACAGACAGCGCCCGAAACAUGAUUGCUGCCACGAGAAAGCUUCCAUAUGAGCGCAUGCCUUGUGUUGCUCAUAUGUUACAGACAAGCAUCACUGUUUGCCUCGCAGACAGUGGGUUUAGUGACACAUUGACAAAGUGUCGUAAGAUAGUGGGACAUUUUAAACAUAGCCCUGCCAAUACAGAGGAGCUCCACCAGCAGCAAAAUCAACUUGGGCAACUGACAGAAAGUCUGAUUCAGGACGUUCCCACAAGAUGGAACUCGUCACUCGCCAUGAUCUCUCGUCUCCUGAAGAACCAGGAGGCCAUCAAGGCUACACGGAGCAGACAGAAGCACAAGCUGACUAUGUUGACUACAUCUGAGUGGGACAAACUUCAGAGGCUGGAAGCCAUCCUUGAACCUUGCAGAUAUGUGACUGAGCUCCUUGGAGGUGAGACUUAUGUUUCUUGCUCUGUGGUGUUGCCUGCUCUCUGCCACCUGUACCACACAAUGGAAGUUUCGGAGGAGGACCCAGCCUACAUUGGAAAAUUCAAGACUGCCUUUAAAAAGGACCUGUCUGAAUGGCAAGCAAACCUCAACAAUGGAUGGCUCAACAUAGCUUCAGCACUGGACCCACGCUUCAAGGACUUGAAGUAUCUUCAAAAAGGAGACAGAGAAGAGGUGUGGACUAGCCUUCAGGUACUGCUGCGAAAUAAACCCAGAUGAUGACACGGUGGAACCAAGCAGGGCUCUGAACCACUACAAAGCAGAGCCCAGCAUUAGCAUGGAGGAAUGCCCGCUGCAGUGGUGGACAACUCAUGCAGGAGCCCAUCAACAGCUGUCUGUCCUGGCUCACAAAUAUCUGGCUGCCCCUGCCAGUUCUGUCCCUUGGGAGAGACUUUUUUCACUUGCAGGUAACAUAGUCCAAAAAAAGAGAGCAGCCUUGAGCUCUGAGAAUGUAGAGAAGCUAGUUUGUCUCAGUGACUGGCUGAAGGAGAAGUAGAAGUGAGGCAGAUGUGUCUGACUACAACUUGAAAAUGAGAAAUUGUUGCUUUGUUGAUUUUUUUUUGUGUGAAAUGUGGUAAAAGGGGCUGAUUUUUUAUUGAAGGUUUAUGUUCAAUUGAUAUUGCACUAUGUUAAACUUUUGGUCUCUGUUGCCUGAGUUUAUUUAUGGCACAUACAGGAGAAAUAGUGUUGACAUUGAGGGGAGUGUUCAUUUAUUUUCAUUGUGUCCUCUAGGUUAUAAUUGUGGCCUGAAAUGCCUUGUAUGUGAAAAAAAAUUCUUCCUGAAGCACUUCUGAAUUUAUUUCCUCAGCAUAUUAGGUCAUAUUAUUGUAGAUUGUUAUGGCCAUUAUUGAACAGUGAAAAUAGUAAUAAAAUAGUUUUUGAACUUUAAUGUCACUAAUGCUGAUUAUUCAUUGAUUCAUUUAAAUUGAAAUAUUUAAAAUACUUUCACAGCAAAAAUUAUAUAUGCGAUUCAUUUAGAUUAAUUAAUCACAGAGUAUGUAAUUAAUUAGAUUACAUUUUUUAAUCGAUUGACAGCCCUAGUUUAAAUUCAAGCUGUCCAAAGAAGUGUACAAUGUCCAAUUUUCCCCUUUACUUUUUCUAUAACGUCACUUUUUACAACAAUGUCUAGGGAAUCGCGAAAACCUGUGCAGUUGCUGCUCUAACAGUAGUGGCAAACCAAUUUGGA